AGGAGACGGCUCAAGAGUUUAGCCUUGCGACUGACCCAGUAUCCAGGUCGAGGUUCUGCAGAAGGCUGUGACUUUAGUAUACAAUGUGGAGAAGUCUGAGGCUAAUUCCCCCAAUAGAAUAUGCAUCCCUCAUGCAUGAAUAAAUAAGAGUGAUCACAGGCUGUCAUUGACUAAGACUACUAGACAUUUUAAAGGAAGUGGAAGAAAGACAGUCUCAGGAAUAGGUCGAACUGAAGAGACAAUAUACCUGCAGCAAACAGCUACAGGACUGUUUAAAGCCAAGCAAGUGCAGAAUUGAGUUUUUCUUCUUUUGGGGACGUGGCCUGCAUGGCUAUCUGCUCCUGCCAGUGUCCAGCAGCCAUGGCCUUCUGCUUCCUGGAGACCCUGUGGUGGGAAUUCACAGCUUCCUAUGACACUACCUGCAUUGGCCUAGCCUCCAGGCCAUACGCUUUUCUUGAGUUUGACAGCAUCAUUCAGAAAGUGAAGUGGCAUUUUAACUAUGUAAGUUCCUCUCAGAUGGAGUGCAGCUUGGAAAAAAUUCAGGAGGAGCUCAAGUUGCAGCCUCCAGCGGUUCUCACUCUGGAGGACACAGAUGUGGCAAAUGGGGUGAUGAAUGGUCACACACCGAUGCACUUGGAGCCUGAGACAAGGUUUCACCAUGUUACAGCCCAGGCUGGUCUCGAACUCCUGGGAUCAAGCCAUCAUCCUCCUGCCUCGGCCUUUCAGAGUGCUGGGAUUACAGCUCCUAAUUUCCGAAUGGAACCAGUGACAGCCCUGGGUAUCCUCUCCCUCAUUCUCAACAUCAUGUGUGCUGCCCUGAAUCUCAUUCGAGGAGUUCACCUUGCAGAACAUUCUUUAGAGGUUGCCCAUGAGGAAAUUGGAAACAUUCUGGCUUUUCUUGUUCCUUUCGUAGCCUGCAUUUUCCAGUGUUAUUUGUACCUGUUCUACAGUCCAGCCAGGACUAUGAAGGUGGUGCUUAUGCUGCUCUUUAUUUGCCUGGGCAACAUGUACCUGCACGGGCUGAGGAACCUCUGGCAAAUCCUUUUCCACAUAGGAGUGGCUUUUCUGUCUUCAUAUCAGAUACUAACAAGGCAGCUUCAGGAGAAGCAGUCUGACUGUGGAGUAUGAGGAUGACACUGUGAUGAAUGGAUUCUUUGAUUUUCUUUUGAGGAUCAAUCUAUGUUUCUCUUUCUGCUUCUCUACUUUACACUCCAGUUUCCAUCCUUUUCAGCCAACUGGACUGAAAAACCAGGAAUUGGGGAUGUUAAACAGUUGCAGUGGAAGUCAUGAGGUUGCUUGAUACCCAGCCUUGGUUCUGUGCCAAGCAUUACUGCAGGAUCUCCAUCCAGUUCAGCACGUUUACUUAGGACAGCUGGAUCUGGGGGCUCAUCCAGAAAGAGCUUUAUUGGAAGAGAGAAAGGAAAUAUUUUGGUCUUUUAAGUUGAAUGAUACAGUAAACCACUUGAUUCAAUAACACUGGUUUUAGUAAUUGGGAGUUGUCUCCAAGGAACCACUUUAAAAUCCAAAUCAGCUUUCAGUCUAAAUAUAACUUGAUUAGUUUUUUUUUUCCAGAGGGUCAGUACAGGAUGAAUUAAAAACCUAAAAAUAUGGUUCAUAAAUGUAAGCUAGAUAAAUUUUGUUUACAUUUUUUCGAUAUCUUAGGUUCGAUAUACCUUUGGAAUAUUUAAUUAUAUUUUGGAUAUAAAUUGGACUUCAUUUAGGGUGAGGGCAAACUUAAGCUGAGAAAAUGGUUAAGAAAUCUGAGUUUAUUUAAUUUAUAUGUAACCUUUUAUGCUGGUGGGACUGUUUGGGUACAGAGAUGUUUUAUAUUUAUUUGCAGGGUAUAUCUGAAUAUUUUAAAAAUUAAUUGAAUAACCAGUACUACUAGAUGAUAAGUUUGUCAGCAUGAGCAGAAAUGAGAAUUUCAGGUUUACUUACAAUUGACCACAACCUGGAGUAGGUGAAUGAACAUGGAUUCAGUGGCACUUUACAGAUCCGCUUGGGAGGGGCUGCUGUCAUCAGCCUUUUCAGUAGAGCUGAGUGCCUGUUAUUUUAAUGAUGAUAACUACUGUACCCUGUGUACCUGUUCCCAGAGCGCCUCCAAAAUUAAUUACUCCUCUGCACCUUUCCCAGUCAUCUUAAUUAGCUUGAGGGCCUCAUUUUUUAUGAACAAGAGUUAAGUAGCUGUUAACUUUUUAAAGCUUGAUAGAGACAUAAUUAACACAUACUCUGGAAAGUUACUCUCUUUCACUGUCAAAAAAUUGAUUGAUCACAGUUUUCCAAAAUAUGGUUCUGGAUAAGAUCCCUUAAGUUUCCUGAAAUUUCAGCCUGGCUUGUUUUAUACCACGCAGGAGGUCAUUUUGGGAGUUUGCUCUUUGGAUUGUUCUUGGUAGAAGUCUGGAAUCUGAAUAGUUCAAUCACAGUUGCAUGGAACACUUUGCGUGUUCAACUGCAUUAUGUAGUCUUGAUAAAUUUUUAAAAAUCCUAUUUUGAUAGUUUUUAAAAGUGGAAAACCAUUACAAGAGUUGAGUAGAUAGGGAAUGUAAGAAUGUAGUUUUAGAAAAAUUCAGUUAUAUUUGGUUAUCACUGGUAUUGUAUUGUUAUUGAGCUACCUUGUUAUCAUUUUAAGAAAAAUAAGUUUAUAUACUGGGAACUAUGUUGGGAAAAUGUUGCCAUAGUAACUUUAUUUUUUAUAAUAGAAUUUUCUAUUUUUGACCAAACAUAAAAUAUUUGGAUAUGGGCCAGGCAUGAUGGCUCAUGCCUGUAUUCCCAGCACUUUGGAAGGCCAAAGCAGGAGAAUCGGUUGAGGCCAGUAGUUUGAGACCAGCCUGGACAACAUAGUAAGAUUCAUCUCUACAAACAAAAAAUUAGCCGGAUGUGAUGGCACAUGCCUGUAAUCCCAGCACUUUGGGAGUCUGAGGCAGGAGGAUCCCUUGAGUCCAGGAGUUUGAGGCUUCCAUGAGCUAUAAUCACACCACUGCACCCCAGCCUGCAUGACAGAGUGAAACCCUGUCUCUAAAAAGUCUGAAUAUGAAAAUUAUAUUGGCAACAUACUCAGACAUAAACUCCAAAGUUGUCUCUACACUGAUUUCACAUCUGCAUAAUUUUCUGCAUACCCAGCAGGUGAAUUUUCAGUUUUUCUGGGAGACAAUUUUGAAGAGAUGGUGAAAUAGAAUGGGAAGUUAAGGAGGGGAGGUAAAAUGUUUUAAAUGAGAAGAACAAAAAAGCUUUAAAAGUCAGUAACACUUCGGGAAGCUGAGGUGGGCGGAUCACGAGGUCAAGAGAUCGAGACCAUCCUGGCUAACAUGGUGAAACCCCAUCUCUACUAAAAAUACAAAAAUUAGCUGGGCACGGUGGCUUGUGCCUGUAGCCCCAGCUACUCAGGAGGCUGAGGCAGGAGAAUCUCUUGAACCCGGGAGGUGGAGGUUGCAGUGAGCCGAGAUCGAGCCACUGCACUCCAGCCUGGUGACAAAGCAAGACUCCGUCUCAAAAAAAAAAAAAAAAAAAAAAGUCGGUAAGAACGGCUUAAAAAUGGACUGUUUUCUUUUCCUGUGUGGCAUUGGGUUGCUGUGUAGACCUGUACCCUAGGUGCUUUGGGCAUCUGAGCCUAUGAUCCAUAUUCAGCAGGCAGUAAAGAAACGGUCCUUGAAGAUGAGUCCUUCCUGGUAAUGCUUCCUGACCACCGAGGCACUACCAGAGAUGUUAUCCACACCAGGUCGAAUGUGUGGAUAUCAGUUAACAUCUACAUGGGGUGAGAUUGACUUUUGCAAACAAAAGGGAAAAGAUGCACUAGAAAAACAGUACAAGUAAUGACCACAAAAACAUUGUUUGACUGAAAUCCAGCUAGCUAAAAGAAUCCUCAGCUCACUGAAGGAAGAGACUGAAAAUAGGAAAGACAUUCUGGUGAUUUCAUCCGAGGGAAAUCCCCAGGCUUAGGUUUGACUUGGUUCAGGGUUGGAGGUUUAUAGCCUCUUGUGUGAUCCUUGAUACCAGCAAACUGGUUCCAAAUCCCAGGAGUUAUCCUCACUCCACCAUGGACUCACUGUUGUUGUAGCACUUUUGUUUUCCCAAUAGUUAAAUGCUACCUCUGCAGCUGACCUCACUGGACUAGAUCUGGGAAUAGAUGAAAUAAUGUUGAAAACAAAACUUUAGAGGUGCCUUCUGGUAUCAGAUGCUGCAAGGCCUUGAGCAUCAAAGUGUGUUAAGUCCCAUCUACUGUAUCAAGGCCAGAGUGUGGCUCCGUGCUCUUAGGAAGGGUUUCCCAACCACGGGGCCAGAGCCCAAAAGGUUUCCCCUUCCCUAAUAUGCUAAUGAAUGAAACAUGUAAAUCUGUUUUCCCCUGUUAGGCUAGUCUUACUGUGAUGAGGACUAUACCUGGCUUUCCUUUUCCUGGGUGGAGACAGCUGGGGCAUAUUCGGGUGGCAUUCCCUCUCAGUACCAGAGGCCCCACUGCCUGCAGCUGGAGGCAUGUGACCAUAAGCUCCUGCUUUUGCUUUUUGGGCUUGCAUCCCUCUUUUCUGUGAACUCUGGAGAAUGCUGGAAUUAAAACAUUUAAGCAUUUUGAUUAAAUGAGCUUGAGCUCCUCUGUUCUUUUCUAGGUGCUCUUGUUCUCCAACUCUCCUGCCUCUUUCUACCUCUGCCCUAUACACUCCAGCUCUGGAGACAGAGGCUGAAACUGGAUUCUCUGGAGGGAUGAGAAAACCAUCUUUAAUUGUAACAAAUGGGGUGGGUAGACGAGCUUCAGAGUGGGAGCAGAUUGCAUUGAGGUUCAACUCUCCCACCCAUGCCUGGGAGUCAAGUCUUGGAGAGGAGUAACACUCUUGGUGGUCAGCACAGCUCAGAGUCAAAGACAACAGCCAGCAGGCCAGCAGCAAGGCUGGCUGUGUGAGGCACAGGAAGCAGGGCAUAGUUAGGGAGCAGAGCUGGGGGUUCUCUCUCUGCUGGAAGAUAGCAGCUGCCCCUUGGCAUAUGGGGGUUGCACACUGCACCUUGUAGCCAGGGCUGCUAUUUGCUGUUCUGUGAAGGAGUUGGCCACUCAUUGUAACAUGCAGGACAGUGGCCUUCUGAGAACCUGCUGCUUGCUUGCACAGUGCAGCACAAGUGAGGACAGGCAGGGGUGGGAGCAUUUAUGGUAAUCAGAUGUGCCUGGCAAGCCCCUGUUCAGACAUUGCUCACAUUCCAAAUGUUUUCGUGUAGAAUAUUGCACAGGUCUGGGGACGCUCUACCUGUGCCCUGUGAGUGUUAAUAAUGGUGGAGAAAGAGUGUAGCUGUGCCCUUGAGAGAUAAGGUGAGGGAAAGAGUGCAACAGUCAGCUGACCGUCAGCUGGCUAGGCUCUUCACUGAGUCCUAUGUUGCAGUGCACAAAUCACUGCCCAUCAGGCCUCAGUUUCCUCAUCUGGUAAAUGGUGAUAACAUCAAUCUCCCCCCCUCCCCAGGGUGCUGUUAUGAGGGUCAAAAGUGGUAGUGGAGGGUAAUACUGGGUGAAUCCAUUGUGUGUGGGAGGAGAAAGGCUUUACAUUCACCUAGUACAUGAAGGUUUUUCUGCUUCAGGCAGCACAGCACAGCCAUUUCUUCUGGCCUUUACAAAAAGGCAUUUUGUUAUACUACAGUGUAAACAACCUCAUUUUUUUCACUCCAAAAGGUAGCAGCCCCUCUUCUUCCCACCCUGGACCUGCCUUUCACUCCCUGGGCACAGAGCGCAUGGUACCAUUGAUGUUUGGUUUAUUCCAGGAUCCAAGGAGCUGGUUCUGCUGGUUGGACCAAACUCGUGAGCCAGCCACCCCUGACCCAAAUGAGGAGAGCUCUGAUUCUCCCAUCCGGGAGCAGUGAUGUCAAACUUCUGCUGCUGGGGAAAUCUCAUCAGCAGGGAACCUGUGGGAAAGGGUUUGUCAGUGAAAUCUGGGAAUGGCUGGAUUCGGAAACAUCUGCCCAUGUGUAUUGAUGGCAGAGCUGUUGCCCACAAGCACCUUUUAUUUAGGGUAAAAUUAACAAAUCCUUUCUAUUCCUCUGACCCAUGCUUAGUACAUAUGACCUUCUUUAACCCUUACAUUUAUAUGAUUCUGGGGUUGCUUCAGAAGUGUUAUUUCAUGAACCAUUCAUAUGAUUUGAUCCCCCAGGAUUCUAUUUUGUUUAAUGGGCUUUUCUACUAAAAGCAUAAAAUACUGAGGCUGAUUUAGUCAGGGCAAAACCAUUUACUUUACAUAUUCAUUUUAAGUACUUGCUGUUCAUGUUACACAAGCUUCUUACGGUUUUCUUGUAACAAUAAAUAUUUUGAGUAAAUAAUGGGUACAUUUUAACAAACUCACAGUAGUACAACCUAAACUUGUAUAAAAGUAUGUAAAAAUGUAUAGCCAUUUAUAUCCUAUGUAUACAUAAAUUAAAUGAGGUGGCUUCAGAAAUGGCAGAGUAAAUCUAAAGUGUUUAUUAACAUGUGUCUUUGCACUUAUGUGAAAAAUUCUGAGUUAUGGAUCCUUUGCUAGACGGUGUGAUGUGGGCCUGACAUAAUGGGAGGGGGUUGUUGAGAGAAGUGAAAGUCAGGUCAUCUUGUCCAGUGAGGCCUAGACAGGCGCAAGGGCUCAAAUAGUCUUUAGUACUAACCCCCAACCAAAAUAGCAGUCACAACAAUGCCCUGGGGGCUGGGAGGCCUCCCCACUUUGCAGGCUCUGCCCCUGCCCUGCUAUGUGCAGCAGGCACUUUCCGUGCUCUGUGUUUUGGGCUCUUGUCUACUGUGAAGGUGAAGUUUCAUCUCCCAGGACCAGCCUGACCACAGAAUGGCCACCAGGGGGCGCAGCUGCUGGCCACCUCCUCAGGUUUCCAGCCAAGGGAAGGUGGCCUUUAGCAAAGGCUGUUCCUAUAGCAGCUAAUAAAAUUCCCAGAAAGAAAGCAAAUGCACUGUCCUCUCCUGACCAUCCUCUAAACACAUUGGGGAAUUCACUCUCCAAGAGUCUCUGCACCAUCUGUCCUGAAUCAGAAUCUUUUGGAGGAAGGCAGUGACUUCCAAAAUAAACAUCUGAGUUAUUGGGUGCUGGGAUUUGGUAGUUGAUAGUUUUCAGACGCCAUCUGCUUCAACCACUUUUUUGCUCAGGUUGAGAAGCUGAGGCUUGUUCUAGGGAGCCAGUGACAGUAAAGUUUGGAGCUCUGUUUCCCCUGAGGAGGAAACAAGUGGCUGUCCUCCACUUGGCAAUACCCACAAAGAAUAAAAGAUGUUCCUUCUAUGCCAGGAGGGCUGGAUGAGAAGUUCUGGCUGGUGAGUUGCCUUCUUUUUUCUUGGGGCCUACCCCUUGAAGGGGGCCAGGUAGCAGAAGUGCUACCUGACAGCUGCCAAGCAUCUUUGGGCAGUGCUAGUGGAGGAGAGGCUCUAAGGAGCCCACCUGGCUCUGCUGAGUCAGCACCAAGACAUUGCUGGGAUCAAAUGUGGUCAGCAAAUUCUAUGGAAUACAUUGAAGAACUUGAAGAUUAUCUUUGUGGCUUGUGGUGGAAAAGGACUUCUUAAGUCAAAUGUGGACGGCAAAAUCUGUGGAAUAUGUUGCAGAACUUGAAGAUUAUCUUUGUGGCUUGUGGCGGAAAAGGACUGCCUUAAGGCAAAAUGAUUGAUGAAUUUGACUAUAUACAAAUAAGGAUUUCAUGGGCAAAGUUAAAAGAAUGGGAGGAGAUAUUUAUGAUGCCAGAAACCACUAAGGGAUUAAUAACAGAAGAAAUUCCUGUAAAUCAGCAAGAAAGAGCAACCCCACUAGAAAAUGUGCAGACAAUUAACAGAAGAGAAAACCUAAAAAGCUAAUAAGCAUAUGAAGAGAUUUUAAAUCAUUAAUACACAUUCAAACAACAAUAAGACAUCACCUCACACCUAUGAGUUUGGCAAAUCUUGCAAAGCUGGAUGGCACUAAGUGCAAGAGGGAGUGUGGAGAUGUAGGACUUUGUGCGAGGUGGCAGUGAGUAGAGAGGCACCGCCCAUCUGCAGAGCCAUGCCACUGUUAAGAGCUGAAUUCUGUUCCCCCAAAAUUCACAUGUAGAAGUCCCAACCCAUGAGAAAAUAAAUGUCUGCUUAAACCA